CCCGGCUGGUUCUGGAGGUGGCUCAGCACCUGGGGGAGAACACAGUGCGCACGAUUGCCAUGGAUGGGACAGAAGGCCUGGUGAGAGGACAGAAGGUGCUGGACUCCGGCGCGCCCAUCCGCAUCCCUGUCGGCCCCGAGACCCUGGGCAGGAUCAUGAACGUCAUCGGGGAACCCAUUGACGAGAGGGGCCCCAUCACGACGAAACAGUUUGCUGCUAUCCACGCUGAAGCCCCUGAGUUUGUGGAGAUGAGCGUUGAACAGGAGAUCCUGGUGACAGGGAUCAAGGUGGUGGACCUGCUGGCUCCCUACGCCAAGGGCGGCAAGAUCGGUUUGUUUGGAGGUGCUGGCGUUGGCAAGACGGUGCUGAUCAUGGAGCUGAUCAAUAACGUGGCAAAAGCCCACGGUGGUUACUCGGUGUUUGCCGGCGUGGGGGAGCGAACCCGCGAGGGCAACGACUUGUACCAUGAGAUGAUCGAGUCUGGGGUCAUCAAUCUGAAAGACGCCACUUCCAAGGUCGCCCUGGUCUACGGGCAGAUGAACGAACCCCCGGGCGCUCGCGCCAGAGUGGCUCUGACGGGGUUGACAGUGGCUGAAUACUUCAGGGAC